CUUUGGUGUCCAGAAUGCCACAGGGGAAUCCACCUUACAGCCUCUCCUGGAGCUUCCCAAGAUUCAGCACUUAUUUCCUCUCACCUCCAGCAAUUCAUCUCAGACGCCUCCUCUGAGUAUCCCAACCGAACCGGCACCUCCCAUCGCCCCCCCUCCAGGCUGGGACCCCCAUACAUGUAUUUCCUCCUUCCAGGCUGGGACCCCCAUACAUGUAUUUCCUUCUGGGAUGGGACCCCCAUACAUGUAUUUCUUCCUUCCAGGCUAGGUCCCCUCCCAUUUAUUUCCUCCUUCCAAGACCGGACCCAAAGCCUUCACAGUCUGUCCUUUUCUAGCCAAAGACCCCACAUUCUACCUCCAUCGAGUCUGACACUAUCUCUGUGACCCCGGGUCACAUACCACAUACCCACUCCUCCAUUAGGAUCCAACACCCUGCCACCCUCCAGGCUGGUACUCCUCAUUCUGCUCCCUCAAUCUAGUUAGAAUUAGAAUCCCUGCCCCAAGCUGAGUUUUGAAGAUGAAUCCCCCAGUGGCAAUAUGAUUGGGACAGAUGGGAAGGAAAGUAGAUAGAGGCCAAGGGAAAAAGCCAAUAUCCUCAGCAGCAACCUGGUCUUGUAGAAGUUUCCUUUCAGAGAAUAGGAUGUCUCCUUUUGGGCAGGGACAAUUAAAUUUGACCCUGAGGCCAGAGAAACUGAGAUCCUGCUCCCCCCUCUCUUUCCUCUGGGAGUCACGUGAGUUCCCAUUACUAUAGAAUUCCAGGGAAAUAAGCCACACAAUCUUACGCACUCCGACUUUGGCACAUUUACCCAUCUGCUCCCCCUCAACCCAGGGACCGGCGUACACAUCACACCUCUCCCACUGGAGCCGCCAUCACCAUGGCUUUGGGGUCCCUGGCGUUUGGGGCUCUGGGUGAGGAGGAAGAGCAGGAGGAGGAGACCCUGGACAGCUUGAAGGCACUCACUGCCAAACUGAAGCUGCAGACCAGAAGGCCCUCCUACCUGGAGUGGACAGCCAGGGUCCAAAGCCAAGCCUGGCGUCGAGGCCAGACCAGGGCUGAACUAGGGGAACCAGGUGCGGGAACCAUCUGCGGUUUCCACACUCUGGAUGAUGCCUUGCAGUGGCUCAGAGAGGAGCUGAGGCAGAUGCAGGCCCAAGAUCGGGAGCUGGCAGGGCAGCUGUUGCGCCUCCGGUCCCGCAUGCACCAGCUGAAGGUGGAACAGAUCUGCAGGCAGCACCAGGAGCUGUUGGACGCUGCUGAGCUGGAGGCCGAGGCCGAGGGGCUGGGCUUCGGGGAGGCCUCGGAGCUGCUGAGCCCGGACUCCCUGUGGGCCCCUCGCCUGCUGGCUCCCCCGCUCAGGGACAUUGGUCUCACCCGGAUGAACAUCAGUACUCGUCGCUUCACCCUGUGCUAAACAGACUGGCCCUGCUGCCUGACCCAGACCUCGGGGUCCUGUUUUGGUGCGAGGGACCUCCUGCCUAGAGGCUGGGAGCUCUCCAGUCCUUCCAGCAUCAUUCACUAUUCCCUUAUCUCUUUGGGAGAGAUAGACACCAGGUGUCAAAACCAGAUUUUCUCUUUCAUUCAGCUUUGUCUCUGUUAUCUGGUUUUUGGGUUUGGGUUCUCUGUGAGGCUGUUUCUCUGGUUU